UACUGGCCUGAGGACCUUGUUCUCCCGCCACUACUUCUUGAGAGGGGACGGGGUCCUGGCAGCUGGCCAUGGCCGGAUGACAUCCCUGCUGCCAUAGGAUGGCUGGGAGAGUCCCACCAGUGACACCCCAACCUCACUGCUCACAGAGCCUCACCUAACUGCCCCACCUCUGUCCCCAGCACCACCCACUGGCAGGAGGCAGACAGGCCUGACAACAACAUCCCAGACAAACAAACCCCUGAUGAUGACCACGAGCCACACCAACAAGGAAGGGAGGCCAAGCCAGACAACAACAGCACAGGGGGAUAAAAGCUGACGGCCCAGCACCUCACACACACUCACACUCAACACUCACUCACUCACUCACUCACUCACAAACUUACUCUCCUCCAGCCAACCCUGCCAUGGCCGCCUCCACCAUGUCUGUCUGCUCUGACGCCUGUACCAACUCCUCCUGGCAGGUGGACGACUGCCCAGAGAGCUGCUGUGAGCCUACCUGCUGUGCCCCCAGCUGCUGCCAGUCCAGCUGCUGUGUGCCCAGCUGCUGCCAGUCCAGCUGCUGCCAGCCCAGCUGCUGUCAGUCCAGCUGCUGCCAACCCAGCUGCUGUGCCCCAGCCUCCUGCCUGACCCUCAUCUGCACCCCAGUGAGCUGUGUGUCCAGCCCCUGCUGCCAAUCUGUCUGCUGCACACCCUCAUGCUGCCAACAGUCUAGCUGCCAGCCAGCUUGCUGCACCUGCUCCCCCUGCCAGCCGUCCUGUUGUGUGACUCUUUGCUGCAAGCCUGUCUGCUGCACACCCAUCUGCUCUGGAUCCUCCUCAUGCUGCCAGCAGUCUAGCUGCCAGCCCUCAUGCUGCCAAUCUUCCUGCUGUGUGCCUGUCUGCUGCAAGCCUGUCUGCUGCACACCCAUCUGCUCUGGAUCCUCAUGCUGCCAGCCAUCCUGCUGUGUGCCUGUCUGCUGCAAGCCUGUCUGCUGCAAGCCCUGCUCCAGCAUUUCCCUGCUCUGCCGCCCUGUGUGCAGGCCUGCCUGCUGUGUGCCCACCUCCUCCUGCUGUGCCUCCUCCUGCCAGCCCAGCUGCUGCAAGCCCUGCUCCAGUGUGUCCCUGCUCUGUCGCCCUGCCUGCUCCCGCCAGGCCUGCUGUGGCCUCUCCUCAUGCCAGAAGUCCAGCUGCUGAUGGACCCAUCUGCUCCCUGCUCAUGUCCUGCUCCCCAAUCCCUCUCAGCCUCUUUAGUCUGCUCCUGAUGUGGGAUCCCCCCAGGACAGAACCCCAACAUGUUCCCUACACUGACCUGACCUGACUUCCUGUCUCCCAGGAGCUCCCCUGCACCCUGGGUCAGUGUCCCUCUUCACUGUCCCUCUGCCCUGGUCACUUGUCUUCAGCUUUAGUCCUUCAGAGUUCAGAACAUCAAUAAACUCUUCUCACUGCCUGGAUCUCUUCUCAUGCUGUGAGAAAUGCGACUUAAGUCCA